AUGGGAGAUUGGGCACCGGUUAUUAUAGGCGUGUUACUGUUUGUGCUAUUGACACCGGGGUUAUUGUUUCAGCUGCCCGCAAAGAGUCGAGGCGUAGAGUUUAACAAUAUGCAAACCAGCGGAGUCUCUAUUUGUGUCCACACCAUGAUCUACUUUGGAGUCAUUACCAUUCUACUUGUCGUGAUCGGUAUCAGUAUCACCAUAGGCUAAGUAACCUUCGUUUCGAAGGAAUUCAUUAUGUUGUUUUGUUAAUUUUAAGUAUACUUUGUUAUGUGUCUUGUUAUUUUUGUUAUGGAUGCAUAUGAUAAUAUCCAAAUA